ACCACAAUCGUAAACAUAGACCUGUCAAACAACACAAACGCCAUCUUGACAGCACCCUCAAAAUGGCAGAAAGAUGUGAGCUAGAAACCGAGUCCAAACUAAGAUUCCUGCUCUCUGCUAUUUAAAACCGGACUCGCCAGUUUUUCCACAAACGUGUGGUUAUGGGGUUGGUGCCCUGCGCGGCAGCACAGAGCCUGUAAAAUGGAUAUACCGACGGCGGUUUUCAACGCGGCCAGAGAUGGUAAGCUGAAACUUAUCCAGAAGUUGCUGAGCAACAAAACUCCUGAGGAGCUGGAGGCUUUAGCCGAGGAGAAAACACAAGGAGGCACUCCUCUGUUAAUAGCCUCUCGAUACGGACAUUUGGAGGUUGUAGACUACCUACUCGAACACUGUAAAGCAAAUGUUGAACUCGGGGGGGCGGUCAACUUUGACGGCGAGACCAUCGAGGGGGCUCCGCCGCUGUGGGCAGCUUCGGCAGCCGGUCACCUCCCAGUGGUGAAGACGCUACUGAAACACGGUGCCUCAGUGAACAACGCAACACUAACUAACUCAACGCCGCUCCGAGCUGCCUGCUUUGACGGUCACCUGGAGAUUGUCCGCUACCUGGUGGAGCACAGAGCCGACAUGGAGGUAGCCAACCGCCACGGCCACACCUGUCUCAUGAUCUCCUGUUACAAGGGCCACAAAGAGAUAGCGAAGUUCCUCCUGGACCGCGGUGCCGAUGUCAACCGCAAGAGUGUAAAAGGAAACACCGCCCUCCACGACUGUGCGGAGUCGGGUAGUCUGGACAUCAUGAAGAUGCUGCUAAAGUGUAACGCUCGCAUGGAGAGAGACGGAUACGGAAUGACCCCACUCCUCGCUGCAAGUGUAACAGGUCACACCAACAUUGUUGAAUAUCUUGCCCAUCAGCCUCGUACCUCCAGAGAGGAACGCAUUGAUGCACUUGAACUCCUUGGGGCUACCUUUGUGGACAAAAAGCGGGAUCUCUUGGGGGCGAUGAGGUACUGGAGAAGGGCCAUGGAGCUGAGGCAACCAGUGGACAAAGCUGGAUCCCUGGCCAAGCCUCUCCCUGGCCCUCCUAUCCCUGCCUAUGGCUGUGCACAGGAGGUGAGCACUGCAGAGGAACUGGAAGCUUUGAUUACAGACCCUGAUGAAAUGAGGAUGCAGGCUUUGUUAGUUCGAGAGCGUAUCCUUGGGCCAUCCCACCCAGACACCUCUUAUUACAUCCGCUACAGGGGAGCUGUGUAUGCUGACUCGGGCAACUUUGAACGCUGCAUCAGCCUGUGGAAAUAUGCUUUAGACAUGCAGCAGAGUAACCUGGACCCUCUCAGUCCCAUGACGGCCUCCAGUUUCCUGUCCUUUGCAGAGCUUUUCUCUUUUGUUCUUCAAGACCGGGCCAAAGGCACCCUGUCGACACGCGUUACCUUCCACGAUCUGAUGACUGUACUGGGGAAAAGUGUGAGGGAGGUAGAGAGAGCUGUGGCGCAGAGGGACAACCCACCGGAGGCUCCUCAGUUCACCAAAGCUCUCUCCAUCAUCCUGCACCUCAUCUUUCUGCUGGAGAAGCUGGAGUGCAGCCCAGAGCAGGAGCAUCAGAAGAAGCACACAGUGUAUCGCCUGCUAAAGCUGAACCCUCGAGGUCGAAGCGGCUUUACUCCUUUGCACAUGGCUGUAGACAAGGAGACCACGUCUGUGGGCCGCUACCCUGUCGGCCGCUUCCCCUCCCAGGCGGUGGCAGCGCUGCUCCUAGAGUGUGGCGCAGACGUGGAUUCACGUGACAGUGAAAACAACACGCCUCUGCACAUCGCUGCUACCAACGGUUGUCCGGAGAUUAUGGCGCUACUUAUGAAGGCUGGGGCUCACUUUGACGCUACAAAUGCACAGAGGAAGACGGCCUACGAGCUGCUGGAUGAGCAGAGCAGCGGGCACCCAGCCCUCUACCCACUGAACUACGUCACCCUUCAGUGCCUGGCGGCGCGUGCAAUUGAAAAGCACAGACUGCCCUACAGGGGACUCAUCUCUGAGGAGAUGGAGGCUUUCAUUGAACUGCACUGACUUGCACUACUGUCCCCUGAUGAGGCACCUCUGCACUACUCUUCCUGUUGUCCACUAUGACCUGCCACAAACUUCCCUCUCCUCAUCUCUGUCUCCUUUUAGCCUCUGCUUCGCUCCUGGCCCCACCAACCUUGUGUCAGACAAAACCAUAGCAAUAAACAUCCAGCCUCUGGGCUUAAAUCUCUGGCUGAAAUCUGGUCAGUUAUCGCUUCAUUCUAACGUCAAGUCACGUAGACUUCCACAGUGAUUGUUGGUUUCUACUGCCAUUUAAAGCUGGGUGAAACUUCAACUUGGUAUAGGCUUUAAUGCAUUUUCCCUCUUUUUGUCCUGUAAAAAGGAGACUUACAGUAUGAUGGUGCUUGUGUGUGGUGGCUAGAUUGUAUGAAAGAUGGGUUUUAGUAUUACUGCAUCUGAUCAAACUAGCCAGAUAACAUGCAUGAAGAUGAAGAGUGAAUAUGGUAGCCCAUUUGUUGUUUUGCAAAUUCAUUCAGGAAGGAAGUGUUUUGACAAACUCCACCACCCAAACUUGCUUGCUGCUUCUUCUUAUUCACAUAAACCAUCUGUUGUUUUUCUUUAAUGUGGGAAGGUGUUUGAAUUUCCUGUGCCAAAUGUCAGCCAUGGAGCUAUGUUCUGUUACAGACUGUAAACUGGUGGCAACAUGAAGAAGCAACAAACUUAUCCUCCUAAUUAUUUAUGAGCAGAAGUAAUAACCUCAAGAUCUGGAACUGGAGUUAAGCAUGAAAAAAGAGCUGGUACCAUUGAUUUGCUUACACUCCCCGGUUCACACAUUUGUUACCUAUGCAGUUUGUGAUAUUUCAAUCAAAGCCAACGUUCUUUCAAGCAAAAAAAAAAAUUCACUACAUAAACAGAUUUUACACAGGAUUAUCCUUGAAUGUUACAUGUUUAUCUUAACAUGAUGAUCUCUCAAACCUGGGGCUGCCUCUUUGACAAUGAAAUGGUAUCUUCUUAAUUUAUGAACCACGAAUGUUUUCUUAAAACGUCUGCCUAUGUCUGAAUGAACAAUUUCAAACUACAGUUUAAGUGUGCCUACAUCCCUCUACUUGUGGGUAAAGUCAACGUCACCAAAGAUAUUCAAAUUGCUCGGUCAAAGAAGCAGCAUCAGAACUAGGACAGUGUGAAGAUAACGGAGCUUAAGCCCUCUUGUGUGUAUCUAAUUGGGGGAAAAGCCACAGGUUAACUGUCUGAGAUCAUGUGUCAAUUCUGCUUUUGGAGUGAAUUUUCCCUUUAACCUCAGAUGCAGUUCACAGAAAUGGAACCGGCCAUUCCUGCAUCUUAGUCCUGUUUUUAAUUGUGUCUCUUUUGUUGAUAUUGUUUUAUCAUGAAUGUUUUAUCUGUCCGUCUGUGCUAAGCACCACCAAGUUGAAUGCACACUGAGAGGCUCUAAAUCCUAAAUGGACAACUUACAUUCAGGCUAUGAACUGAUGAUGCCUUUCUCUUUCUCAGCUGAUUCGUUUAACUGAUGAUAACUCAAGAACAAAAGUGUGUUGGAGCUACUUGAAUAAAAUUCAGUACCACAA